GGCGCCGCCUCCGGGACGCAGGUGGAGCGGGCAGGGCGCGGGCACCAUGAGCAGCGGCGCCAACAUCACCUAUGCCAGCCGCAAGCGGCGCAAGCCGGUGCAGAAAACAGUAAAGCCAGUUCCUCCUGAAGGAAUCAAGUCAAAUCCUUCGAAGCGACACAGAGACCGACUGAACACCGAGUUGGACCGCCUGGCCAGCCUGCUGCCCUUCCCACAAGAUGUUAUUAAUAAGCUGGACAAACUCUCAGUUCUCAGGCUCAGUGUCAGCUACCUGAGGGCCAAGAGCUUCUUCGACGUUGCAUUAAAAUCCUCCCCUGCUGACAGGAAUGGAGGCCAAGAUCAGUGUCGAGCACAAUUCAGACAUGGGCUGGACUUGCCGGAAGGAGAGUUCUUAUUACAGGCACUGAAUGGCUUUGUCCUGGUUGUCACCGCAGAUGCCUUGGUCUUCUACGCUUCCUCGACUAUCCAAGACUACCUGGGCUUUCAGCAAUCUGAUGUUAUACAUCAGAGCGUCUAUGAGCUUAUCCAUACAGAAGACCGAGCUGAAUUCCAGCGCCAGCUUCACUGGCCUCUAAACCCCGCACAGUGCCCAGACUCUACACAAGGAGUGGAUGAAGCUCAUGGCCUCCCACAACCGCCGGCAGUCUAUUUCAAGGCAGACCAGCUUCCUCCAGAGAACGUUUCUUUCAUGGAGAGGUGCUUCGUGUGCCGCCUGAGGUGUCUCCUGGAUAAUUCAUCUGGUUUUCUGGCAAUGAAUUUCCAAGGGAGGCUAAAGUAUCUCCAUGGACAGAACAAGAAAGGGAAGGAUGGCGCCCUACUUCCCCCACAGCUGGCUUUGUUUGCCAUAGCUACCCCGCUUCAGCCACCGUCCAUCCUGGAGAUUCGAACCAAAAACUUCAUCUUCAGGACCAAACACAAACUGGACUUCACACCUAUUGGUUGUGAUGCCAAAGGACAGCUUGUUCUGGGCUACACAGAAGUAGAGCUGUGCACAAAAGGCUCAGGAUACCAGUUUAUUCAUGCUGCUGACAUGCUUUACUGCGCAGAAUCCCACAUCCGAAUGAUUAAGACUGGAGAAAGUGGCAUGACAGUUUUCAGGCUUCUUGCAAAGCACAGUCGAUGGAGAUGGGUCCAGUCCAAUGCACGCUUGAUUUAUAGAAAUGGAAGGCCAGAUUACAUCAUCGCAACUCAGAGACCACUAACGGAGGAAGAAGGAAGGGAGCACUUACAGAAGCGAAGGACGAUGCUGCCAUUCAUGUGUGCUACCGGGGAGGCUGUACUGUAUGAGAUCUCCAGCCCCUUCCCUCCCAUGAUGGAGUCCUUACCAACCCAGACCAAGAGCAGCACGAGUGGGAAAGACUGGGCUCCCCAGUCAACCCCAAGUACGGAUUCUCUCCACCCCAGUUCCCUGAUGAAUGCCAUGAUCCUACAGGAUGAAUCCGUCUAUCUCUGUCCUGCCUCAGGUCCUGCACCGUUAGACAGCCGUUUUCUCACAGACUCUGUGAGUGAAUGCAGUGGCUGGCAGGAGAGCCUUGCACCAGUAGGGAGUGAGGCUGUGUGGAAACACGAGCAGCUUGGACAUGCUCAGGACAUGAGCCUUGCACUCUCUGGAGGGCCCCCGGGCUUCUUCCCAGACAAUAAAAAUAACGACUUGUACAGCAUCAUGAGAAACCUAGGGGUUGAUUUUGAUGAUAUCAGACGCAUGCAGAGUGAGGAGUUCUUCAGGACUGACCUGCCUAGUGAGGUUGACUUCAGAGACAUCGACAUAACAGACGAAAUCCUGACAUAUGUGCAAGAUUCUCUAAACAAGUCGACCUUGCUGAAUUCAGCCAGCCAGCAACAGCCCGUGACUCAGCACCUAAGCUGUAUGCUGCAGGAACGCCUGCAUUUAGAACAGCAGCAGCAGCUACAGCAGCACCAAACUCAGGCAGUGGAACCCCAGCAUCAGCUGGGUCCUCGGAUGGAACCCCAGCAUGAGCUGUGUCCUCAGAUGGAACCCCAGCAUCAGCUGGCUCAGAUGGAACCCCAGCAUCAGCUGUGUCCUCAGAUGGAACCCCAGCAUCACCUGCCUCAGAUGGAACCCCAGCAUCAGCUGUGUCCUCAGAUGGAACAACAAGAAUCAUGCAGAUUAAGGGGUCUAGAGCGUUCUCUUAAGGUGUUGUUUAGAGCUCUUAACAAGUCACUCUGCUGUUUUUGUUUUCAGUUUCAGAAUCGGGGAGUGUUAAACGAAACCUAUUCGUCUGAAUUAAACAGCGUUGGUCACACUCAGACUGCUGCUCCUCUUCAUCAUCCAGCAGAAGCCAGGUCUUUUCCUGAUACCACACCCAGUGGAUUCCUGUAACUUCAAGCCCAGGAUGAAAUUCGUUCAGGAACUGUCAAUGCUGGGCAUCAGCACUCUUUUUCCAAACCAGAUUUGAAUCUUUGUGUUUAGAAAAGGAGUUUAAAAACAUAUUGUCAGUCACCUAUAAAGUGGGAAGCUCCCUGGGAGCGUAGGGAGAGACCACAGUAAUUUACACAGCUUCCGCACGUCGGGCGCCAGGGCUCACGGCAGAGAACUUUAGGACUCUGGAAAGUUGAACUUCACUGCCCAGUGACUUCAGCCAGGAAAACAGUGAAGUACUUUGAGCUUUGAACUUCAGGAUUCUUGUUAGUAUACCAAAUACAGAGUUACAGGACUAAUUGAUUUCCUAUAUUUUUAACUUGUUUUUGUCUCAGAUGUUAAAAUAAAUGGUUUGGUGCUUUUAUCAAAAGAAAAAUCUCAAUGUUUUCCUUCUGCACUGUUAAUAUAAGUGCCUCACAUUUUUUUCUAUCUACCUGUAACACAAUAGGGUGUCUAUUUUGUAUAAAUAUUCUUUAUCUUUUUUUGAAUUAAUAUUCUUUCUGCACACAAUUAUUACUGGAGUUUCCUAAAUCCCAUUGUUUUUAUUAAUUCGGGCAUGUUUUGACUGCACUACUUGUCCUCUUUCUUCAGAUAAAGGGCAAAUGAUGACUGAGAGAUAACUGUUUAUUAUGUAAUAUACUUGCCCUGGACUUUGGAUGUUCCCCUGUGCCUUACAUUGAAAAUUUUGAAAAUAACGUGUUACCAAAAUUAUUUAAUUAUUACAUAAAUAUUCAGACAGUAGCACUUACAUUUUAACAGUGUUUUCUGAGAAGCGGCGUUCUGAGAAUGCCACUGUUUGCUCUCACUGACACCUCUAUAUUGAUGACGGAACACCACAUGUAAAGUGCUCAAGGCAGCCAUGUUCACCAGGCUGCAAGGAAGGGAAGUGGAGUUUGUUUAGCUCUAUAGCUAUUACGCAAAGCACUCAUUUCAUUGUGUAUAAAUUGUCUUUAAAAGCUGUGUUGGGUCUGCAAUCCUUUUUGUUAUGUUGACCUUAUAAAUUUCACUUCUUUUUUUUUUUUUUUUUUUUUUUUUUUGGUUUUUUCGAGACAGGGUUUCUCUGUGUAGCUUUGCGCCUUUCCUGGAACUCACUUGGUAGCCCAGGCUGGCCUUGAACUCACAGAGAUCCGCCUGCCUCUGCCUCCCGAGUGCUGGGAUUAAAGGCGUGCGCCACCAACGCCCGGCUAAAUUUCACUUCUUAUGCUAGUGGAAGCUAUUAGUUUUUCUCAUAUUUGAGGAGUGUUAAGAUUGAAGAUGCCAUGUUUGGUGCAAGGUAUUUUAAUGAAUGAAAUGAAUGGUGCAUUGCAUAAAUGUAACGAACAAAAUAAUCUGAAAAAUAGUUUCAGUUUUCAUUGAAGACUAGUCCUUACCUCAGAUGCAUAUUUUUUUCAGUGUAUCUUUUUAAGAAAUCAAAUAAUGAGUUGAGGCUUUUGAGCUGGUAUUAAGAUAAAGAUAAAUAUAAUUGGUUCACCUCCAUACAUUGUCUGUAUAGCCUUUGCUACCAAUACGGCAAAUUUGUCACUGCAAAAUUGACUCUUCUAAAGUGGCUUAAAGGAGAGAAAACACUGGGGUCCGUCAUUGUCUGUGCCAUUUACUUAGAUAUGAUAUAUGAAGGGCAUGGACCUGGUUUUCAUAUAUUGUUUAAAAAUGUGAUGAAAUCCCAAACUGAGAUGUAGUAUUAAAAUACAGCAGUGGUUCUCAAUCUGUAGGUCUUGACCUCUUGGGGGUCAAACAGUCCUUUCAUAGGAGGCACCAAAGAUCAUCAGAAAACACAGGUAUUUAUAAUUCAUAACAGUAGCAGAAUUACAGUUACAAAGUAGCAAUGAAAAUAAAUGCAUGGUUGUGGGUCACCACUACCUGGGGAACUACAUUAAAGGGUUGCAGCAUUAGGAAGGUUGAGGAACACUGAAAUACAGGCUCUUUUGUUUUUCUUUUAGAAAAUGAAGGUAUGUAAACAUGGCUUCAGGUAAAAGGAUUUUUCAAUUCCAUGCAUUUUCAGUCAAAAUUCUGAAUCUUUAGGAUUAAGCAUUGAGAAACGACUGUCUAAGACAUUUCACAAUUUGCUUCCAGCAUGAGGUAUCACUAAGGGUUUAGAUGAGUGGUCUGGGUUUAUGUUCCAUUUUCGUUAAAAGUUGUCAUAGAAACCAUUUUGUCAAUCUCUGCUACAUGUUAACAAGUGUUCAAUUGAAAAUUACUUUGGACAUUGUAAGUAUGGUAACAUUUAAUUACACACUUAUAAAACUAAAAGUUUUAAAGGCAAUAUAGUGUGUUUUUAUCUAUAUAAAAUAACUAAAACAUCUAAGCAUAAUAAAAUCACAUUAAAUUGAAUAUGCAUUUGUCUGUAUUGAUAAAUGUCAAACAAAAGGAGUUAUGAAAGCACUUCUGGACCGAGGGAUCAACUUCUAGGUGGAAUCCACAUCUAAGGCUGUGUGUGAGACUAGAGUUCUUCCCAUCCAGCUGUUCUUACACACCUGAGCACUUACCAGUAUGCCAUUGUUUUAACCUCUUCCAGUUGUUACUCUGCACAAGCUAGCUUGUUUCAGUGUGAGUAGAUCUUAGGUUUACAGGGCUGCCUGCUCUCCUUCAGACUGUUAGUGCUUACAUAUGCCAUGCAGAGAUUUUUGUUUAUAAUAUCCUUAAAUGUCACAAAGAAAAUGUAAACAGUGAUAUAUGAUAAUAAAAUAACCAAGUAUGAA